AUGUCUGAAGACGUGACCUAUGCAACACUCACAUUUCAGGAUUCUGCAGGAGCAAGAAGCAACCGGGAUGGAAACAAUCUAAGAAAAAGAGGGUCUCCAGCUCUAGCCCCCUUGUGGCGUCCAGCUGCUCUGAGCCUGCUAACUCUCUGCCUGAUGUUGCUGAUUGGGCUGGUGACCUUGGGGAUUAUGUUUUUGCAGGUAUCUGAUGAAAUGAACUCAGAUCCAGAGAAACUGAGUACACUUCAGAAAAGCGUUCACCAACAACAGGAUAACUUAUCCCAGCAACUGAGCAACUACAGGAACUUUCCUGUGGAGGAAGAGUCCCUCAAAUCACAGAUAUCCAACCUACUGAAGAGGCAGAGACAAAUGGCCAUCAAACUCUGCCAAGAGCUGCUCCUUCACACCUCAGACCACAGAUGUAAUCCUUGCCCUAAGUCAUGGCGUUGGUACCAAAACAGUUGCUAUUACUUUACAACAGAUACAGAGAAAACCUGGACUAACAGCAGGAAGGACUGCACAGAGAAGAACUCCACCCUAGUGAAGGUAGACAGCUUGGAAGAAAAGGAGUUCCUGAAAUCACAGCCAUUAGCCAAGUUUUCUUUCUUUUGGUUGGGAUUAUCGUGGGAGCCAUUUAGCAGAAACUGGCUGUGGGAGGAUGGCUCUAUUCCCUCUCCAUCCUUAUUUAGUCCUCAAGAAUUUGCUCAGAUCAAUGGAUCCAAAGGAUGUGCUUAUUUUCAAAGUGGAAAUAUUUAUGUUUCUCGCUGUAGCGCUGAAAUCUCUUGGAUUUGUGAGAAGAGAGCUGCACUGGUGAAGAUCGAAGAUUUUGAUUAGUAUGCUUCUUCCAAAUUCACUGAGAAAUAAGGGCCAUAUGAGUAAGCCCAUGUGAGCAAGGAAAAAGCCACAGUAGAGAGUCAAAACCAGCCAAACAGAAAAUAGAUGAUAAAGUAACUGUGUCUUUAACCUAUUGGGCAAAUGAACUCGCUGUGAAGAAUAGUCUCCAUGUCAUUGCCUGAUGUCUUCUGAUGAAACGUUUUCAUUAUUCAAACUUAUCCCUGGGGAAUUAGGGAAAUAGCUGUUCUACGACCCUAUUAUUCUAUGAUCACUGAAUUUCUUGUUUCUCAAAUAAAAGACUCUUUUUUAAAAAAUAUACAGUUGUAUGUGCACUAGGGCGAUAUUUAAAUAUUUAACUAUCAGAAUGGAUACAGGCCUCAGCACUGGAGUGAGGUCCCAGAGGGUCUUGUCAAAGUUGCUGGGUCAGGUGGAGAUGUAGAAGACCCAGGGUAAGGGUUUUGGCAUGUGGGUCAGCAGUGUUGUACUAUCGAUUUGAAAAUAUUGUAGUAUUUUAGCAAAUGCCUUUCUGUCCCAGCUAAGUAUCAGCCUGCAAGUGCAAAACAAUUCUUUUUCCUUG